AUGUUGCAUGCUUGGUCCAUCAAAUCAUCCUCGAAUGGUUUUAUUGCCAAGCCGUCCAUAUCAACUGAAUUAGAAUUAACAGCAUUUAAAUGGUCGAACACAAUUAAUCAAAUUGAUAUUUUACAUUGGUUUGGUAAUUGGUAUAUAGUUCCAUCAUCAAAUCCAACAAUAGCACCAGCAAUGUGGCUUCAGAUGUAUCAAAUGCAGCAAUGGCAGACAUUUAAUGACUUUAUCAUUUGGUUAAAAUCAUAUUAUUUAGUUUCACCACUUCAUUCAUGUACUUGUCCAAAUGGUAUGAAAUUAUAUAUAUGUAAACAUUCAUUUGGUUUAGCGAUGAUAUUUAACAUAUAUAAAAUUAAAGACAAAACACGUUCGGAACUUCUAGGUCAACGACGAGGUAAAAGUAGAUCAAAAAAAGUAAAAUCUGCUCUAGAAUUUUGA